AUGAUCGACGAGAAACGCCUCGAGCAUAUGCUCGCGGCCGGCAAGCAGAUCUUGUACAAGACGCACCAGGAAAGUGAAGUUCGACACAAUCUGGGUAUGUCACCGGACAUUUGGCAAGGCCUGACGGACGUCCUCACAAAAGCGAUUCCGGUCCUCGAAUCGCAAUCCUUUGCAUGGAAGAGUCCGGCAGCAUCUUACGAGCAUUCUUCUUCGAACCUGAUCGCAUUCAACUACUUCUCACUGGUCAAGGAUAUCGAACGUUUAAACGAUUUGUGUACCAUCGCCCGCAACUUGCUGGCGACAACAAAAAAGGCUCAGAACCUGGCCGCCGAGAAAGGAUUCGACCAGCGGAUUCUCGCAUUGAUUGAUACCUGCGUACGAGUUACAGCGCGUGGCUUUGAUGGGGAGACAAAUGCGCGUAACGAGGAACGCUGGCAGAAGGUAGUCAACCUCUACAAGCGCCUGUUGAUCACGUGUCUACAAUACCUUCACAAUUUCAUCAUGCAUAAUGAACAGCGCAAGAUGGUUCUCUGGUUAGACCUGUUCGGUUACCAUUCUACCGCAGAUACAAACAUCAUCAAACCUAAGGAGGCAUUGGACCCUGCUGCACGCAUCGAGGGCGUCGCACCUAUUGUCCGGGUUGGUGAGCGUGUUAUCAACCCUCCCAUCCGAGCACUCUACGACCAGACCGCCGAAGAUCUUCUGCUGGAGACGAUUGCGAAGUUCCCGCGGGAGCCUUCUACCAUCAAAGAAGAGGCUGCAAUGUUACUCUUGGCCAACAUCAAGGACCAUAUGGAAAAGAUUUUGGGUCGGGACUUGACUGACAUCCAAGAGAUGGGCAGGGACCCCGAACAGGUCAAAUACAUCCGUGCUGCAUUGACCUCAAUCUUGGGAGCCAAGGUUGAUGGAUGGUCUGAUCUUCAAGACCGGGCCCGUGAAUUGCCACCUGCCCUGCCUGAAGAAGAGGAACAUGAAACAACCAAGAAGAAGACCAUUCUCACAAUUGACCGUAGCAUGACGGCCGGAUUUCCGCGUCUGUGCUGGACUGAUUUACCUGAAGUAAAUGAUUACUCUGUGGAUUCUCCGGUCAGCGACGAGGACACAAGCAUGCCUAGAUCCUCCCAAUCCGCGGCUGAAACUCUACAAGAGGCUAAGGACGAAUUAAUGGCUCGACUUCAAGAAUCCUCUCAACUGGGUGACGUUGAUGGUGAAUAUGACGCUGGCGAUGUUGGGACGGUCGGAGAAGAUGACUCGCAUAGUUUGGAGGGCCAUGCAGACGGAAGCAUUGAAGGCGAUGAAGAAGAUGAUGGCGACGAUGUGGACGGAGGGGAUGACACUGGAGAAGUUGACGACGAGGAAGACGAUGACGACUACCGUGGCCGCCCGGGCGACCAGCAGCGCGGUCUAUUGACCGAUAUUCCUCUUGUUCUAGGCCCUGCAGAAAUCGAGGCUUUGCCGAUGAUCGUUCAAGCUGGAAUUGUUGACAGCUUCGGCCUCAAAGGCGGAGAGCGCAAUGGCUCGCGGAAUAUGCAAGCUCUUCGAUGCCACAUUUUGCUCACACAAGAAACUGGUCGCAAUCUACUGCGCGAACUUCUCAUCUUCAUUGCGGCCUGGGACCUUCCUGACGAUGAACUCUAUUUCAAGAUGAUGGUCCAGAUUAUGGAAGCUGUGCUCCGCAAUGGACUCAUGUCACACGCAUACUCUGAUUUCGGCCAGCCGAAGGAUAUCAUCUCCCCGGCCCAGGCAGUGGUUAUCAAGAUUCUCACUCACAUUUUCCGGGCCAAAUACUCGCCAGCAUCAGUGACUGGCUCGUCUCAAAACAGCAUCCCGCGCACACCAUCCCCGCUCAGCCGUGUCGACAUUCUGACUGUUCGAUACAUAUUCACCAUUUUCCGCGGUAACAUUAUCCCGGAAACCUGCGCUCUGAUCUACUUGCAAGGUCAAAUUCGCGCCGAACGUGCGUUGCCGGAGGAUUUCCCACUCAACUUGUGGGACAUGGAGCGCGUCUACGAGGGCGUGUACCAAUUCCUCGAGUUCUUCGCCGUACUGACCGAGAACAAUGAUUGGAAGAAUCUCCUUGUGAAGUGGGAGAUUGUGUACGACCUUGUCACUCUGAUCAAGGAACUGGAGGCCAGCAUUCCGAAGGGCCAACUCAACAAUAUGUCAUUCGGCGGCGUACCACCACCUCCACCGCCUCGCAGCUCCUCUCCUGACAGUCAAUCGGCCACGCCAGCACCGGUAGCCGUUGAGCGCCCUUACGAUCCAACUGAUCCCGACCCCAUCGAUAACGCCGGUAGCGUUGACUCCCGACCCGAGUCCCCGCCCAUCACCGAAGAUCCCUCCGAAUUUGAGUGGCGCAAUCUUAAGAAGCUCGUUGUGCUUGUGCUUUCUUCACUUGUCUGGAAGUGCCCGGAAGUCCAAGAACAGAUUCGUCGCUACGGCGGUGUUGAGGCCAUUUUGUGCUGCACCGCCUUCGAUGCGCACAACCCAUACAUCAAGGAGCAUGCAGUUAUGUGUCUCAAGUUUUUGCUUGAGGGCAAUCGCGAAAACCAGCGACUUGUUGAAGAGCUCGAAGCCCGAGAGGUUGUCAAGGAUGAGGGCGGCGUGCUGGAGCGAAGUGGCUAUGAUGCCAUGAUAAAUGAAGCUGGAAAGCUGUCCAUUAAGCCUAAGGAUGGGAAUUAG